AUGGCGCGCCACCCGGUAGCAGAGGCCGACGAGAAGAGUCCCUUCGGCGCGCUGACGCCGGAGGAGUUCUACGCGAGGCAUGGGGUUACCCACUCGAGCUCCAUGUACCAGAAUCCCCGCGGCCUGAACAUUUUCAACCAGUCCUGGACCCCCGUCGGCCGCGAUCCCGUCGGCAUCCUCUGCGUCAUCCAUGGGUUCACCGGAGAAUCCAACUGGCUCAUCCUGCUCACCUCCGUCUUCUUCGCCGAACACGGCGGCUUCGCCGUCUGCGCCCUCGACCACCAGGGCCACGGCUUCUCCGAUGGUCUCCCAGCCCACGUUCCGGACAUAAAUCCUGUCGUCGACGACUGUCUGGCGGUUUUCGACGCCUUCCGCGCGCGUUUCCCCGCGUCCCUUCCCUGUUUCCUCUACGCCGAGUCCCUCGGCGGGGCCAUCGCCAUCCUCAUCCACCUCCGCAGCAAAUUGGGAGGCGAGGGACCGGCCAGGCGCUGGGACGGAGCUAUCCUCAACGGCGCCAUGUGCGCCGUCAGCGACAAGUUCAAGCCGCCGUGGCCGCUGGAGAACCUGCUCUGGCUCGCCGCUAGGCUGUUGCCGACAUGGCAGGUUGUUCCCACGCGGGGCACCAUCCCGGGGGUCUCGUUCAAGGUCGAGUGGAAGCGGAAGCUAGCGAUCGCCAGCCCGCGGCGCCCGAUGGGCCGGCCGAGGGCCGCGACGGCGCUGGAGCUGCUUCGCGUGUGCCGGGAGCUCCAGAGGCGUUUCGAGGAGGUAACCCUGCCGCUGCUUAUUUCGCACGGCUCCGAGGACAGGGUCUGCGAUCCCGCCGGCGUCGAGGAGCUGUACCGCCGCGCGAGCAGUCAGGACAAGACUCUCCGCAUGCACAGCGGCAUGUGGCACCAGCUUAUCGGCGAGCCGGAGGAGAACGUUGAGCUAGUGUUCGGAGAAAUGCUGGACUGGCUGCGAACCCGUGUGGAGGGGGCGAGUUCGGUCGAAGCCAGCGCCAACCAUUGA